ACGCCGCCUUGACCUGCAACCAUCAUGUCUGAUUUGUAUCGCUCAGCGAUGCAGGCACGCAUCUCGAAACUGCCUGCCCUCCCGGCCGUUGAUGAUGAAGGGGACGAGGAGUCCGAGGCCGCGGAUUCCUUGGGAUCGUUAUCCACUGGUGUUGGCCCUGCACCGAUGCCCUCUCGAACACCCAGAUCCGCUCGCAAACGGGUCCCCAAUGCCUCCUUCGCACCCAUUUCCGCAUCCAACUUCUUCGAGCAAGCCACCCAGGUCUCCGUGCCCGCCUCGGGGCUGGACGUGCGGGUGUAUUAUACACCGCCGAAGUUCGCAGAUGGUACAGUGAUGGUGUGCCAUCACGGUGCGGGCAUGUCGGCCCUGACGUUUGCGUGCGUCGCGAAGGAGGUGACGGAUGUGAGCAAGGGAGAAUGUGGCGUGCUUGCACUGGACUGCCGGGGACAUGGUAAGACGACCCAUAUUACAGAGCCCGCACCGGACCAAGAGGACUUCUCUAUCGACACCCUCGUGUCGGAUCUUGUCAACACCAUUGAAGUAAUAUUCUCAGAUCGGGCCUCAGCACCUACUCUACUGUUGGUGGGGCACAGUCUCGGUGGAUCCGUUAUUGUCCGUGCGUGUCCUAUCCUCCAGGAGCGCCAGUACAGGAUCACCGGUGUCGCCGUGCUCGACAUCGUUGAAGAAUUCACGCUCGAAGCAUUGCCGAUGAUGCACAGUCUGCUGGAUGCCCGUCCGGAAGGCUUCGACAGCCCGGAGGAGGCAAUUGAAUGGCAUGUCCAAACGCACGUAAUCCGCAAUCCAGCCUCUGCCAGAGUCUCUGUGCCAGCGGUCAUCACACCUGCGCCGCCCGACGCUCGUCCCGGCACUCCAGCUUAUGUUUGGCGAGCACCGUUAAGGGCAACCGCGUCAUAUUGGACAAGCUGGUUCACAGGUCUUUCGAGCAAAUUCCUUAUAGCGCGUACCGCCCGCUUGCUCAUUCUGGCCGGCACAGAGCGACUUGACAAGGAAUUGAUGAUUGGCCAGAUGCAAGGCAAGUUCCAGCUCGUCGUGAUACCCGGAGUGGGUCAUAUGUUGCAAGAGGAUGACCCUACGAGGCUGGCCGAAGUGCUCGUUCAGUUCUGGAGGCGGAACGAACGGGUUAUCGUAGGUGUAAAGAAAGUCGGAGAGCUGUAA